AUGAGUGUUUUAGUUACAGGUGCUACUGGUUACAUUGCAUUACAUGUAAUUGACCUUUUGUUAAAGGAAAAUUACAGAGUAAUUGGUACUGUUAGAUCAAAGGAAAAGGCUGCUAAGUUAGAGAAACAAUUUAAUUAUAAUAAGGAUUUAACUUUUGAAAUUGUUGAAGAUAUUGCUAAUUUAUCUGCUUUUGAUCAUGUAAUUAAAAAUCAUGCUAAUGAAAUUAACUAUGUGAUUCAUAUGGCUUCACCUGUUACUUUUACUGCAGAUGAUUUUGAAAAAGAUAUCUUAAUCCCAGCUGUUAAUGGUACUAAAGGUAUCCUUGAAUCAAUUAAGCAAUAUGCUCCAAAAUCUGUGAAGAAAUUUGUUAUAACUUCUUCAAUUGCUGCCAUGAUGGAUUUAACAAAUCCAACUGCAAUUUUAACAGAACAAUCAUGGAACCCAACUACUUGGGAGCAAGCUCAGGAAAAUGGGAUUGCUGCAUAUUCAGGUUCAAAGAAAUUUGCAGAAAAAGCUGCUUGGAACUUCUUAGAAGAGAAUAAAGGUAUUGUUGAUUUUAAAUUAACUACGAUCAACCCAGUUUUUGUCUUUGGUCCUCAGAAAUUUGAUGAAGACGCCAAGGGUAAACUGAAUUCCUCAUGUGAAAUCAUCAAGGAAGCUAUGUUUGCUCCAACAGAAAGUGAAAUUGAUAAAUCUGUUUUUGGUAGUUAUGUUGAUGUACGUGAUGUAGCAAGAGCUCAUGUCUGUUCUUUACAUAAUGAUGAGUUAACUGGUAAAAGGUUGAUCUUGUCAAAUGCUUCAUUCACUAAGCAAAAUAUUGUCAAUAUUAUGAACAAGCGUUUCCCUCAAUUGAAGGGCAAGAUUGCACCUGCAGAUAAUAGCGAGUUACCUCAAGGAGGUCGUGUCCAUAACGAGAAGACUAAGGCUCUAUUGGGUUAUAUUUUUAAAGAUUUAGAAGAAAUUGUUGUCGAUAUGGCUGAUCAAAUAUUGAAGGUUCAAGAACAAUAG